AUGAUCCAGCAGGGGAUCUUCGGCACCUCACUCCCAGUCAUUGCUUCUCACGAAGGAGCUGGCACUGUUGUGGCCGGUGGGGCAUCCGUCGAGGACUGGAAGGGGUCGCGCGUUAUGUGUGGACUCCCGUUUCACUCCUGUGGCAAGUGUCUCGACUGCACUGGCCCAACAGAGUCCUGGCGGCAAUACUGUAUCCGCGUUGAAGGCCACUGCGGAGUACACAGGAACGGAUUCUUCUCCGAGUAUGCCGUCUGCGAUGCACGCUCAACGACAAGACUGCCUAACGAGAUCAGCUUUCUCAGUGCCGCACCACUGGCGUGUGCAGGACGAACGUCGUGGAGAGGGGUCGAACAGGCUGGUCUCGCACCGGGGCAAUGGCUUGCUAUCGUCGGAUCUGGAGGGGGUCUCGGGCACUUGGGUGUUCAGUUUGCCAAGAAGAAGGGUCUGAAGGUUGUGGGGAUCGAUGCGCGGGACGAUGGCCUGGAAAUCUCCAGGACCAUGGGUGCUGAUCUUGUCGUGGAUGCGAGAAAGGGGAAGGACGCUGUCGUCAAGCAGAUUCAAGAAGCUGUUGGGGGUACUGGGACGGAUGCCACUGUCACGCUCUCGGACGCACCAUCGGCUGCGGCUCUGGGGUGUGCAGUGACCAAGAUGCACGGAACCAUGGUUCAAAUCGCUCAACCGGCCGAGGUUGUUAUCCCAUUCCAGGAACUGGUAAUGCGUGACAUUCGCGUCCACGGUAGCGUAGUCUCGUCCCCACAGGAGAGCGAGAAUAUGGUACAUUUUAUCGCAGAGAACGGGGUCAGUGUCAAGACAAAUGUUUUUGACGGCCUGGAUAAAAUUGAAACUUUGCUGGAGAAGGUGCACAGUGGCAAGAUGCAAGGGAAAGCAGUGAUCGUUGUCGACCAGGAUCAGAUCAAGAAGGAAAAAGAAUUAGGCGCCAAAUACUAG